AUGUGUUUCACAAACUGUUUUCUUUUACAGUACGGCCGUGUCAAUAUCGAAGCAACACUUAAACAUAGAGGAAUUUUGGAUGACAGCGACGAAGACGAGGGUUACAGUGAAGAACCAAACAGUCCAGACAAUCCGACUCCGCCAGUACAGGUCAAUCACAUUUCUAGUGACGGUGAUAAGCCGAAAAACGGAUUUCUACCUCAACAAAAUGGAAACUCCGUAAUAAGUAGAGAUGAUAAACUUAUUCUCGUACCCGAACCUCCCACUAAGUCAGAUGGUAGGGCGGACGAUUCAAAAUUAUCCGAUGAAGAGAAUAGCAAAAAUGUCGAUAUCGACAAUUGUGAGAAAUAUGGCGACUUUGAAUUGUCUAACUGUUUCGAUUACCUAAAAGUUGGAGUUGAGGCCAUCAUUGAGGAUCAAGUUACAUCUCGUUUUCAAGCGGAAGAAUUAAAAAAUUGGAAUUUACUUACUCGCACGAACACACACUACGAGUUUAUCUCGUGGAAAUUAACUAUUAUAUGGAUGUGUGGUUUUUUCAUUAGGUAUUUCUUUCUAUUUCCAUUAAGGGUGUUUAUCUGUUUCUUUGGGGUUAUGUGGUUGACUCUCUGCACCGGUUUAGUUGGAUACAUUCCAAAUACGGCGUUCAAGCAGUGGUUAAAUCGAUAUGUCUCCAUUAUGUGCUUUGGUGUACUAUCGGGUGCAUUAUCGUCUGUUAUUACAUAUCACAAUGCUGAGAACAGACCCAAAAAUGGAAUUUGUGUAGCAAAUCACACAUCGCCAAUUGAUGUGUUGGUACUAAUGUGUGAUAAUUGCUACUCGCUGAUUGGACAAAGUCACGGAGGCUUUUUAGGAAUUUUACAAAGAGCAUUAGCAAGAGCGUCACCGCAUAUUUGGUUUGAACGUUCAGAGGUUCGAGAUAGACAUGCUGUAACGACCAAACUGAAGGAGCAUGUAUCUAAUCCUGAAAAUCCCCCAAUACUUAUAUUUCCAGAAGGUACUUGUAUAAAUAACACAUCGGUCAUGCAGUUUAAGAAAGGCAGCUUCGAAAUUGGAAGUGUGAUUUACCCAGUGGCGAUUAAAUAUGAUCCGAAAUUUGGGGAUGCUUUCUGGAACAGCAGUCGUUUUUCCAUGAUGCAAUACUUGUAUAUGAUGAUGACAAGUUGGGCAAUAGUUUGUGAUGUUUGGUAUUUACCACCUAUGUAUAUAAAUGAAAAUGAAAGUGCAAUUGAUUUUGCAAACAGGGUAAAAGGCGUUAUUGCUAAGCAAGGGGGGCUCGUUGAUUUAGUGUGGGACGGCCAAUUAAAGAGGACCAAACCUAAAAAAGAGUGGCGAGAACGGCAGCAAGAAGAAUUUAGCAAAAGAUUGAAAUUAGAGUAAUUAAUAUUGCUUAGCGAAAUAAGUUUUAAUUUAUUCUCUUACAAUAUGUUUGUACUUGCUACUAUCGCACUAUUCUAUUCCUAGCCGCAUUUAGAUCUUUAUUGUAAAAAUAUUCUACAACUUAAUGAGCUGCCAGAUAAAUCUGAUUGUAACUUAAUUUUCGAUACUUUGUUAUAUGACUGCAAAAGGAAGACUGAAUAUCUAUUUCUAAUUUUUUAAAAGAGUAGAUUUAUAUGAAGUACCUCUCUCGUAAGCAACAUAUUGUAUUAGAUUUUCCUGGUGGUGUGUUGAGGGUGAAAUAUUUCACAAACUUUAACGCAUAUGUGAUCAAUUUCAUUUCGAAGCAGUGUUAAUUUGGUUACUAAAGAAUGCCUAGUCAGAUUUGAGCGUAAUGAGUAUUAGAAUGAAGAUUUGUAUAUAAGAGAGAUAGUGGCGUGGUUAGGUGUAUCUAUCGAGUGUAUUUAUUUUAACGUAAACUCCUAGUCCUAAGUAUAGUUACUUUGAUUAUGCCGUACAAUUUCAUAUAAGAAAAGCUUUUAUUUGAAACGCUUUAAUUUUUCUAAUUUAUUUAUAACUACCAAAUGCUCAGAUUCUUAAUGUAUAGGAAUGCACAUGUAAAUAUCUAAAAGGAUCAACUUUUGGGCCUAAUUAUGAAAUUAGUUCGUAGAUAUUUUAGUUAGCAACUUUUAUAUCAAUUAAUUACGAAAUGGUUUUAUUCAAAUGUAAGUAAUAUCACAAAAAAGAGAAUUAUUUUGUAUAUAAGAAAUUGAAGUAUGUUUCUAGAUUAUUUUUUUUGAGUAGUCUAUUGGAAUUAAAGAUGAAGGUCAUGUUGUA